AUUGUUUUUUUUUCUUCGUGAUUAUAUAUUUUGUCGUGCAAUGGAUGAAUUAAUAGAAAUUUUAAUUGAGUUGGAAGGCGAACCGUUUUUGAACGUGUUUAUUGAAAGCGGUCUAACUAAGGAAUCAUUGAAGCUCCUAAAGCCAAGCCAUUUGGAUACAUUGAUCGACACAUCGCAGUUUGGACCAAGGGUAAUUUUUGAGCAUAAUCUGCUCAAUUGGCAAGCGCAACAGGGAAUAAAAACACAAGCCAUUCACACUGAGGCAUGCGCUUUAUUGGCAAAUGAAUAUCGUGGCGAGGAAUCUUUUGAAGCAAUACUCAGUAAGUCGGCGGGUGGAUCACAAAUCCUGAAAUACUAUGCGCAAAAAAAGCGUCUCACUCCAAAGUAUAGGAAACUUCUAGCUGCAACAGUUGCAAAUUAUUUUAUUUCUGCUGAAGUACAUCCAAACCCUAAAACAUUUGAAGCUUUCGCCAAUAAAAUUGUGGAUUUAUUUGCGAGUGGAUCUAAAGUCUGA